AUGUUCUCGGUCAAGCGCUUCGACGCAUUUGCAGCGUCAUCCUCAUCAUCAUCAGCUCCCGAAAAAGGACCUGCCGAUUCCGCCAAGCUAGAUGCGCUGAACGAACGCAUUCUCAAGAAGCGCAAGCUCGCCGUCGGUGCAGAUGCACCGUCUCCUGCGGCGCAGUCGAGCUCGAGUGCUCUGCCAAAGGUUUCGACCUCGGCCACCUCCUCCUCGGGGGCGAGUGCUGCAGCACCGGCCAAGCCUGCCCUCAACAUCCACCCCUCACGCCUCAACGCUGCCCCGCUCCUCCGGCAGUCGGUGAACAAGGCAAGGACGGGGCCCAAGGAGAAGACCAAGGCGAAGCAAAGAUAUCUCAAGGCAAAGAAGGAUCGUCGCAAGGCGAGGCAGCGUGCUGCGCCUAAGAAGCCAAAGAAUGAUCCUCAGCAGGCACAAGCAAUCGCCGACAAUUCCACCGUCGCACAUCUUCCCGAAGAGGAGAAGCUGCAGCGACUAGAAGCAUCAAGAUCAAAAGGCGCGGCAGGUGCCGCGCGCAAAGUAGCAGCGUCUUCAGCUUCUGGGUCGUCUUGCAGCUCAGACUCGGACUCAGACUCGGACGCGGACUCGGAUUCGGAGCACGAUUCAGACUCAGGAUCCGGAAGCGAUGAAUCGGAGCCGGCCUCUCCAUCCGAGCCUGCGCAAGUAAACGUCAAUGAUGGCGAUCAGACCACAGAUACUACCAUGCAAGACGGUACGAGCGCAGACAAGGAGGUCAAAGCACUCGAGCGUUUUCCGCUGGCCGGAGUCAAAGCCGCCGUGGAUCGCAAGCUUAUCAACUCUCUUGGACUUCCAGAGGGCCUCUCCAAUCGCGUCGUUGUGAACCCAAGUCUUUCCCGGCCCCUUCCACCGCAAGCUGCAGGCAGCAAAGACCUCGCAAAGGCUCAAGACAUUGCUUCCACCUCGACAUCCGUUGCGAGCGCGAGCGACGAAAGCACCAUUCGCGGCGACCGUCAGGACGACUUUGGCAACGUUGCGCUCAGCGACACGGUGCGCUCGCGCUUGGAGGCGCUCGGAGUCAGCGAGUGGUUUGCUGUCCAGGUUUCGGUGAUUCCUUGCUUGCUAGCUCAGCCUCAGAGCCGGUCUUUGUACCGUCCCUUUGCACCGCCGCGCGAUCUGUGCGUUUCCGCCCCGACCGGUAGCGGAAAGACGCUCGCAUACACGGUGCCCAUUGUCGAGGUGCUGCGCACGCGCCAGAUUGUUCGCCUGCGAGCGCUCAUCGUCCUUCCUACACGCGAUCUCGUCUCCCAGGUCAGAAGCACCUUGGAACUGGUAGCCAAGGGAUCGGGUCUCAGGAUCGCCACAGCCACGGGUCAUCACAGCUUUGCUCACGAGCAGACCCAGCUCGUCGAGGGGCUCGAUGCAGGUGACGACGACGACUCUGUGCAGAAGCAGUCCAAGGUGGACAUCCUCAUCGCCACUCCCGGUCGAUUGAUCGAUCAUUUGGAUUCGACGCCCGGUUUCACGCUCGCCCAUUUGCGCUUCCUAGUCAUUGACGAGGCAGAUCGCUUGCUCAACCAGUCGUUCCAGGAGUGGCUGCGACGUGUCCUGUCCGCCACCGAGGGUGUCGCCAAUGCUGAUGGCCGGAGCAGCGAAGUGACUCUAGCACAAGCACCGUACGAGCUACUGUCGAGCGCAUCAUCCGGAUUUGGGGCAGCCGCUCGGUCCACACUGCAGGAGGAGGCUGUUCCAUCCGUGCAAAAGCUGCUGUUCUCGGCAACUUUGACACGCGAUCCCGCCAAGAUUGCGGCGCUCGGGUUGAGGAAUCCGCACUACAUCACCGUGCAGGACGACAACCCGGCUGCGGACGGAGAGGCCGGCCGCGCAGACAGGGCGCAGCACGAGCGAUUCUCGCUUCCGCACUCGCUGCACGAGCACAUGCUCGUCACCACUUCGGCCGACAAGCCUUUCCACCUGUUGUAUCUUCUGCAUCGUCCCGACGACGAGCAAGCCGCCAGCAAGAUCAGCAAGGCGCUCUGCUUUACCAAGUCGGUCGAGUCCGCGGCGAGGUUGGUCAAGCUGAUCGAGAUGUUUGAGGAGCUCCGACAAGAAAGCGGAUUGAUCGCGCGCGGUGCGCGUCCCAUGGUCGUCCAGAACUACUCGUCCGAGCUUAGGCCCUCCGAUCGUCAACGCAUCCUCGCUCAGUUCGGAAACGGCGAAAUUGAUCUGUUGGUAUGUUCGGAUCUCAUUUCCCGUGGUAUCGACUUGCCUUCGGUUGAACAUAUGAUCUCGUACGAUGCUCCCGUCGAUUCGGCCAAGUACGUGCAUCGUGUGGGCAGAACUGCACGUGCGGGCAAGCACGGCGAUGCCUGGACCCUCGUCGAGGAGCAAGAGGCUCGUCACUUCAAAAAGAUGGUCCGCGCCAUCAUGCGUCAGACUCCAAUCACCAAGGUCAAGCCCAAGGUCCUUCCAAAGACGGACGAGGUUGACUUUGUCGAGGAGGACGCACCGACACGAGAGAUGCGCAAGCUGCGCGACGCGUACGAACAGGCUCUCGACCGAAUGGCCCAGUUCUAUCGCCAGCAGUGA